AUGACCUCAAAAUGUAAGCAGUGGAAUACAGAACCAUUAAGAAAUGCUACAUGGCAGAGAUGGGGAAAAGACAAUUCAAGACAGUUAUUAGAUGCUUCAAAGGCUCUUCAGGCAUGGCCACUGAUAGAAAAGAGAACAUGUUGGCAUGGGCACGCAGGAGGAGGACUCCACACAGACCCAAAAGAAGGGUUAAAAGAUGUUGAUACUAGGAAAAUUAUUAAAGCAAUGCUUUCUUAUGUGUGGCCCAAAGACAGGCCAGAUCUACGAGCCAGAGUUGCCAUCUCCCUGGGAUUUUUAGGUGGUGCAAAGGCCAUGAAUAUUGUGGUUCCUUUCAUGUUUAAAUAUGCUGUAGACAGCCUCAACCAGAUGUCGGGAAACAUGCUGAACCUGAGUGAUGCACCAAAUACAGUUGCAACCAUGGCAACAGCAGUUCUGAUUGGCUAUGGUGUAUCAAGAGCUGGAGCUGCCUUUUUCAAUGAAGUUCGCAAUGCAGUAUUUGGAAAAGUAGCCCAAAAUUCAAUCCGAAGAAUAGCCAAAAAUGUAUUUCUCCAUCUUCACAACUUGGAUCUGGGUUUCCAUUUGAGCAGACAGACAGGAGCUUUAUCUAAGGCUAUUGACAGAGGAACAAGGGGUAUUAGUUUUGUCCUCAGUGCUUUAGUGUUUAAUCUUCUCCCUAUCGUGUUUGAGAUGACGCUUGUCAGUAGUGUUCUGUAUUACAAAUGUGGUGCCCAGUUUGCAUUGGUAACCCUAGGAACACUUGGUGCAUAUACAGCAUUCACAGUUGCGGUUACACGGUGGAGAACUAAAUUUAGAAUUGAAAUGAACAAAGCAGAUAAUGACGCAGGUAACGCUGCUAUUGACUCACUGCUGAAUUAUGAAACUGUGAAGUAUUUUAAUAAUGAAAAAUAUGAAGCACAGAGAUAUGACAGAUUUUUGAAGACAUACGAGACUGCUUCAUUGAAAAGUACCUCUACUCUGGCUAUGCUGAACUUUGGCCAAAGUGCUAUUUUCAGUGUUGGAUUAACAGCUAUAAUGGUGCUUGCCAGUCACGGAAUCAUGGCAGGUGCCCUUACCGUCGGAGAUCUAGUAAUGGUGAAUGGACUGCUUUUUCAACUUUCAUUACCCCUUAACUUCCUGGGAACUGUAUAUAGAGAGACAAGACAAGCACUCAUAGAUAUGAACACUUUGUUUACUCUGCUCAAGGUAGACACGCGGAUUAAAGACAAAGUAAUGGCGUCUCCCCUUCAAAUAACACCACAGACAGCCACAGUGGCCUUUGAUAAUGUGCAUUUUGGAUAUAUUGAAGGACAGAAAGUCCUUAGUGGAGUAUCUUUUGAAGUCCCUGCAGGAAAGAAAGUGGCCAUUGUAGGAGGUAGUGGGUCAGGAAAGAGCACAAUAGUGAGGCUGCUGUUUCGCUUCUAUGAACCUCAGGAGGGUAGCAUUUAUCUUGCUGGUCAAAAUAUACAAGAUGUGAGCCUGGAAAGUCUUCGGAGGGCAGUGGGAGUAGUACCUCAGGAUGCUGUCCUCUUCCAUAACACUAUCUACUACAACCUUUUAUAUGGAAACAUCAGUGCUUCACCAGAGGAAGUAUAUGCAGUAGCAAAAUUAGCUGGUCUUCAUGAUGCAAUUCUUCGAAUGCCACAUGGAUAUGACACACAAGUCGGGGAACGAGGACUCAAACUAUCAGGAGGAGAAAAACAGAGAGUAGCAAUUGCAAGAGCCAUUUUGAAGGACCCCCCAGUUAUUCUCUAUGAUGAAGCUACUUCAUCAUUAGACUCAAUAACUGAAGAGGCUAUUCUUAGUGCCAUGAGGGAUGUGGUGAAGCACAGAACUUCGAUUUUCAUUGCACACAGAUUGUCAACAGUGGUUGAUGCAGAUGAAAUCAUUGUCCUGAGCCAGGGGAAGGUAGCUGAACGUGGUACCCACUAUGGUCUGCUUGCUAACUCUAGCAGUAUCUACUCAGAGAUGUGGCAUACACAGAGCAGUCGUGUACAGAAUAAUGAUAACCUCGGAUGGGGAGCAAAGAAAGAAAGGCUCUCCAAAGAAGAGGAAAGGAAGAAGCUCCAAGAAGAAAUUGUUAACAGUGUGAAAGGCUGUGGCAAUUGUUCCUGCUAAGGAACACAAGACUAUUUUUGUCUUUCUUUUUGUUGUCUUGUUUGGUUUUAGAGUACACAUUUGCACUGAAGCAAAACUUGUUCAUAAAUUUUCAAAUUUUACAUUCUCAUUCCUUUAAUCUUAUUAAAUAACAUAUAUUUGAA